AUGACCAACGACAACGGUCGUCCUCUAGCCCUCCGCCCCAGCCAAUCCACCAUCGCCUCCACAUCAUCAAUGUCGGUUCCAACGACUACGGCUCUCCCACCGUUCGCAUACCACAACACACACUACCCCUCAGCAGCUAUGCAUCGCCGCAACUCAGCGUCAGCAUCGCCCGAGCAUCAGCCACGAGGCGCCAGCACCAACAGCACUCAGACAGCAGCAUUCCCACCGGCCCAGCAGCACCUGCGGUACGAACAAUAUCGGCGCGAUGAGCCCGAAUACGGCAGACCUAUUCAGCAACAUCCAGGAUCAUUUGGCGGCCCCCAGCGGCUACAGCCACCUAUGCACGGCCGCAUCGCCGGGCAGCCCUCUAUGCCGGGCUACCAUGUACAGCAGUCGCCGCCACAGCAAAUGGCAACCAGUGCCGCUCGGCCACAAUACCCGUACAUGCAACAGCAGCCGCCGCCGCAGCAGCAACAGCAACAGCAGCAGGCCACCCGGACAGGGGCUUCAUCAGCAGCAGCCAAGCCGCCUUCGCACCACCCAGCCGCAACACAUGCGUCGUCGUCGUCGUCGUCGUCCUCUCACUUGCAUCGUCCAUACGACUUGCAUUCACCAGCAACAUCGUCGCGCACAUUCUGGAACCACUACGAGACUAGCCUGCUGGUGCAGCUGUGGCUCGAGUUUGAGCCCCAGUUCAUGGCCAACAAACGCAAUGCCGGCGUAUGGGCGCAGCUUGCGGAGCGUCUGACGGAGCGGUCCGGCAGACACCGUACCGUGCGUGAGUGCCGGAUAAAGUGGAAGAACAUGUGGGCCAAACACAGGUGCUCCCGGCCACUGCAGCUGCCUGUAGGUGGAAACAGAGGUGACCUGGCAAAUGCGACACACAUGAGCUGGGACGCUAAGCUGCGAGAGUUCCCUCAUUACUCUGAAUUCGUCGAGAUCAAGCAGCGCAGCUCCAUGCAGUCAUCAAACGAGUAA